GUCCAAGGUGGGCCUCUUGGAACACUGGUGUUUUUAUUUGCAUCAGAUGUGCUGGAAUACAUCGAAACCUUGGGGUCCAUAUAUCAAGGGUUAAGUCUGUCAACUUGGACCAAUGGACACCAGAGCAAAUACAGUGCAUGCAGGAAAUGGGAAAUACUAAAGCAAGACUACUCUAUGAAGCUAAUCUACCAGAGAACUUCCGAAGACCUCAAACAGACCAAGCUGUGGAAUUUUUCAUCAGGGAUAAGUACGAAAAGAAGAAGUAUUAUGAUAAAAAUGCAGUUAAUGCCUUCAAUAUGUCCUCUUCUGAUGCUGCUCAGCCUUUGGCAUCCUCUCCUUCUCUGCAAGCUGCUGCCGAGAAGAGCAAAGCAGAGAAGGAAAAAGAAAAAAAGAAAGACGAGAAAAAGAGAGAGAGAGAAUCAGAAAAACCAUCAAAACAGUUAGCAGUUGAAAAGCCACAGAAGAAAGAAGAUCCGCAAUCAGAAGCUAAAGCAAGUCCAAAAAAGUCAUCAGAACCUACUAUUGACCUUUUAGGACUCGAUGGUCCAGCUGAAGCCUCUGUGACAAACGGAGGCACUGCUGCUGUCACAGCGCUGAAUGAUGACCUGGAUAUCUUCGGUCCAAUGAUCUCUAAUCCUUUACCAGCAGCUGCUGUACCUCCUGCUCAGAGUACUUCCACUAAACAAGCAGCUGCCUCCUUGUCUGCGGCAUCCGGGGAUCUUGAUCUCUUCACUGAGCAAACAACAAAAUCCGAAGAGUCGGCAAAGAAACAACUCUCCAAAGACUCCAUCUUAUCGCUGUACGGCACAGGGACCAUCCAGCAGCAGAAUGCUCCAGGGAUGUUCAUGGGGUCGUCUUCUAUGCCAUUUACCACACAACCAUCGACUCACUUUCAAGGCUUUCCAGCCAUGGGAGUUCCUGUGCCUGCAGCAACUGGGAUGAUGGGAAACAUGAUGGGACAAUCGGUGCCAGUCAUGGGACAGAGCACAGGUGUGAUGGUAGGAAUGGGAAUGCCAAAUGGAUUUACUGGUACUACACAAACUGGUGUGAUGGGACUUCCUCAAAAUGUCGUUGGACCUCAAGGCGGAAUGGUGGGACAGAUGGCCACGCCACAAAAUAAGUAUGGAUUGCAACAAAACCAACAAGCUCAAUGGAACCUCUCCCAGAUGAAUCAGCAAAUGGCCGGAAUGAACCUCAGCAGUCCCAGCAACGUGAUGGGCUUUGGGCAGCCCCCCAGCACGGCGGCAGGCUGGACUGGAAGCUCCUCUGGACAGACUCUCAGCACACAACUGUGGAAAUGAAUGCUGCAAUAGAAGUCUCUCCCAGAACAGCCACCUAGCAUUCCUUAUUCAAAUAAAUUUACUUUCGCUGUUCCUUCCGUGUACAUAAUCUUUUUCUUUCCCCCCAGCUGUUCAGAUGAAGAAUAUAACUGACUGACCGUGUUGUGGUCUGUAUUGGUUUAAAUUUGGUGUAGUGCAAAGCAGAUCAAGAAUACAUGUGUACAUCCUUGGCAGCGUUUUCAUACAACUCAUAUGAUUUCCUAGACCAUGUAUGUAAGAAGCUGCUUGACCACAUACUGAUUUUUUUCCCCUCAAAAUUCUAGGAUCAAAUGUUUGCGUAUAAGGGAUGUAGCUAUCAUGUUAGUAAUAUCCAAAAAUAUGAACCCCGACCCUGCCAAAAUUACCCAGUAAUCCUGUAGAAGGUACUGUAUGAACAAAUGUUUAAUCAUAUAUAAAUAGAAUGUAAAUGUAUCACUGAGCAAUGUUUUCUAGUGUAUCAACCAAAUUUUGUUUCAUCAUGCAUUUCACUGUGAUGUUAUUAUGGUGUGCAUAGCAGGGAAUAUGGUUAUUGAAAGAAAGAUAAACCUGGAUGUUACUGUAGUUCUACAAAUCACUAGUUUAUUCUUUUAAAAAUGAGCAUUUGACCCAAUUGAAAUUCCUGUGGUAAGAUACCCGAAGAUCUGGCUCGGUGAGGCACGUACACAGUAUUAAUGCUGGGAGGAGCAGCACAGUACGUAUGCGAGGCAGCUCCAUGUGAACAGACAGAUCUAUUUUCCCUUGCAGAGAGAUCCAGGUUUAUGACGUUGAUUGUGUUUACAUUUUAUGGUGCCUCGUAAUGAUAAAAUGUUAUUUCCCUAUAUUAAAAGGAUAAAUCCAGAAAAA